UGGUGCUCUGGUUAAAGACUGCGAGCUGAGAGGCUGCGAGCGGAGGCAAGAUGCCGCGACCGAAGAAGAGGGCGACGAUAGCCAAACGGCUAUAUGCACAGAGAUGUGCAAGUACAGAGGCUGCACCGCUUCCUCUUAAAAUAAGUCAAGCAAAGUUUCCGCCACUUUCUCUUGAAAAAAGGGCAGAGGCUGCACAACCCCCUCUUAAAACAUACAGGGUCGAGGUAACGCCGCUUCCUCGUAAAAAAAUGGCCGACUGCUCCGGCAGUUGUAAUCCCGGGCCCACCCAGCAGGUUCCACCCCGUCCUGCAAAAACAAACGGGAAAGAGGCUGCACCGCUUCCUCUCAAAACAAGUCAAGCCGAGGUUAUACCAACUCCUCGUAAAAAAAAAGGUCGGUUUUGCCAUCGUGUAGAAACCACCCCUCAACAGGUUCCACCCCUUCCUGUGGGUACGAUUGGGGUAGAGGCUGCAGCGCUUCCUCUUAAAACAAUCGAAGCCGAGGUUAUGCCAGGUCCUCGUAAAAAAAUAGGCCGGUUAUGCCAUCGUGUGGAAACCACCCCUCAACAGGUUCCACCCCUUCCUGUGGGCACAAUUGGGGUAGAGGCUGCACCGCUUCCUCUUAAAACAAGUGAAGCCGAGGUCAUACCAAACCCUCGUAAAAAAAAAGGUCGGUUUUACCAUCGUGUAGAAACCAAACCACUGGAUCCGCCCCGACGUCCUGCAACAAACGGGGUAGAGGCUGCACAGCUCCCUCUUAAAACAAGUAGAGCAGAGGUUAUACCGUAUCCUCUUAAAAAAAAGGCAGGGCUGUCACCACAAAGUGGCAGUCUUGAAGAUCAUGUGAAAACGUGUCAAAACUGUGUGAAAACGUGUCAAAAGCGUAAACUGUGUGAAAACCUGCGUAAACUGUGUGAAAACCCGCCUAUACCAUGCCAAAACCCGCGUAAACAAUGUGAAAACUGUGUGAAACUGUGUGAAAACUGUGGGAAACCACAUGAAAACAAACCAAAACUCAACAACUCUGAAAUGCUUGUAAAUGUACAUGAAAUUUCUGUGAAUACUUUACCUGCAUAUUGUGAUUCUCCACAGCAAUCGGUGCAGAAAGGUUCUCUCGAUCAAGCAGUUGGCAGCAGUUUUCCACGCUCUUCCGGUAAAGCCCUUUACAGUGAAGUUGUAAAACGCCCACCCAAGGUAUGUGAAUCGGUCAAGACUGAGGUAAGGACAUCUGAUUUUCAAGUAGACUCGGGCAAGCUCUGUCAACCCCAGAUGAGGUACCCAAUGAAAAGCCAAUCAAAACCCAUGCAAUCUGAACCAAACAUUCCUGCAAAUUCCCAUGAAAAUGCUUUGAGUAUUUGUUGUGAUUUUCCACAGAAAUCCAUGCUAAAAGGGUCUUUUGAUCAAGCCGAUGCCUGCUUUGGAGAUUCACACAACAGACAGUGUGGAGCCAUCGGUCUGACAGCGGUGUUAAAAAGCAAGCUUAAGAACGUGCUGACGUGGUCGACACAAGAUCUGGAUGGUGUCUUGGUUGCAGGAACAUGCCUCUAUGAGUCUCUAAGAAACCAGGGUAACAUAAAAGACCGGCAAGUCAAGGGUAGGAAUUACAUUGCAGUCCAUGAAUUACCGAGGAGACACGUGCUGGGUAAUACUACAUUUUCCAUCGAGUACACUCCGUCUCUGACUGGUUUUGUUAAUGUCAAUGAGUACCAGGAGUAUGACGAAGCCAUAAGCGGUGUAGCCAUGCCACUUGAUGUAGGCCUUCAGCAAGCUCUACUGACUCCGUGUCAGACAAAGACCAUAAAACCUGAUGGGAACUGCUUCUUCAGAUCGUUGGCACAUGUCAUAUGUGGAAGUGAGGAGAAACACUUGAAGGUUCGCCGUGCGGUUGUGAAACAUCUGAAAAUGAAUACUCCGCUGUUUGAGAGCACAGAGAUCGAGAUGGUGUUUGUGCAGGAGCAUGUGGAAAUGCAGUGUCAAAUGAGGUCGGCAAGCCAUGUCUACGUAAAAGGAAGACAAGAGGUUGGUAGUGGUCCAGAGUUUGUGUGCUGUGUCUGCCGCUACUUUUCAGAAAGCAGGUUGUUGAAUGUAGAAGACAAUGCUAUGAAGACAAAGGAGAAAAUCGCUGCUUUGGGCAGAAGAUGCAUAACAACCAGGGUGCAAAUUAUGGAUUUGUCUAACGUGUCAUUGAAAAAUCCUUUGUGGACAACUGCCCGAAGAGAGCGUUGCUAA